UUCUAGUAGAUCUAGUAAGGUAGUUCAAGUUCUGUAACAACAAUUUCCGCUUUCUACUAGAUCUUGAUCUAUUAGACUGCUAUCUAGAAUCUAGAUCUAGAAAUCUAGAUCUAGUAUCUAACAGCCUCUACGAUUAAAAAUCUAUAAUAUAAUAUUAUACCCUAUAGGCCUAUAGAUUUAGAUCUAGAAUCUAGAUUUAGUUUUAAAGAUUUAUGAACAACAAACAUGUAGACUAGAGUCUAGACUAGACUGAUCUAGAUUAGAUAAUUAAUUAAUAAUUAAUCUAAAAGAAAAAAAUUAAAUGGAUGAAAAGCAAAGCGAAAAACACAGAUCUAUUGUUGUAAGGCGAAGGCUUGACCGAACACCAGACAAAUUGUCCAGAAAGCUUAAAGAUAAAGAGAAAAGUACCAUAACUACGCUUAGAACGGCUUUGGAAGAAGCAAAACUCCGUUCAGAAAAGUUAAAAGACGAAAAUGAAUUAAAAGAUAGUUUCAUUGAGGAAGAAAAACAGCUUCGAAUAAAGGCUGAGAGCAGACUUGAAGCUUUACUUGUUGAUUUGUAUAAGAACCCACAGGUCAAUUGGGAGCUGCGACAACGAUUGCCUCGAGCCAAUAAAAUGGAUCCAAUGGAAACCAAACCCAGGACUUUUUCAAUUACAACACAUGACAUCAUCUGGGAACCAUUUUCUGAUGCUGACCAGUCUCAUCAGGAAGGUCCCCUGACAUCCCACAGUGCCACCAGCAUCGACUCGUAUCAGUCACUGCCCUCAGUCAACCAGACAACUGACUCGUAUCAGUCACCACAUGCAGGCACCCGCAUGACUGACUCGUAUCAGUCACUGCCCUCAGUCAACCAGACAACUGACUCGUAUCAGUCACCACAUGCAGGCACUCGUAUGACUGACUCGUAUCAGUCACUGCCCUCAGUUAGCCAAGAUAAUGUGUGGCAGUCAACAAGACCUGGAUACUUCCUACCAGAAACCUUGAGACACACAGCUGUCCAUGAUACAGCUGUCCACGAUACAGCUGUCCACUAUACAGCGGUCCACAAUACAGCUGUCCACGAUACAGCUAUCCACGCUGACCUUCAGGAUAGACAAUUUCAUCCCCACCCCCCUAAGUCAUCAGUGAGCCACCCCCCUAAGUCAUCAGUGAGCCACCCCCCUAAGUCAUCAGUGAGCCACCCCCCUAAGUCAUCAGUGAGCCACCCCCCUAAGUCAUCAGUGAGCCACCCCCCUAAGUCAUCAGAGAGCCACCCCCCUAAGUCAUCAGAGAGCCACCCCCCUAAGUCAUCAGUGAGCCACCCCCCUAAGUCAUCAGAGAGCCACCCCCCUAAGUCAUCAGUGAGCCACCCCCUUAACUAUAAAUUUUCUGAGAGCUCACACCUCCACUCAGCACAGAGAGAUUCGACGAGCCUAGUCAGUCAAGUCCCCCCUGAUAGCCUAGUCAGUCAAGUCCCCUCUGAUAGCCUAGUCAGUCAAGUCCCCUCUGAUAGCCUAGUCAGUCAAGUCCCGUCUGAUAGCCUAGUCAGUCAAGUCCCGUCUGAUAGCCUAGUCAGUCAAGUCACCUCUGAUGUGAGUCAUAUCUCCAGAGUUUUAGCUGAGCUAGCCAUGGUCAAAAAAGAAAACCAAACACUGAAAGAGGAGCUUAAAUCUGCCCAAUUGGAGAUUCAAAAAUUGAAAACAAAACAAGAAAAUUCUUUGGAAAAUAUUGGAGGUCUGAUUGAGGAGCUGAGAUCAGCAGAAAAACAGAGAGAAGCUGCGCUGGUCAUGAUGGUCCAAUCUGCAGAGGCCGACAAGAUGGCCGCUCUAGGAGAUCUGACCAGAAUAUCAUCCAAAUACGAAAGUUGCUACAAUAAUGUAGGAGAAAGUGAGUUAUCCCAGCUUGUGGCCAGACAACGUGAAAUCAUGCAGGAGGAAAUGCAGGGAGUUCUAGAGCAGAGGGACGAGGCAAGACAAAAGGUUGUACAGCUGGAGAAACAGUUGUCAAGCCUAGAGUUGUCUGGCCACUACAGCCCAGACAACAAACUUCUGGUGAAGCUUCAGAUCACUAGAGAUGAACGUGACAAGCUAGUUCAGAAGCUCAAUCUUCUACUGCAGGAAAUUGGAGAAACCAAACUAGUUUACAAUUUACAUAAAGCCCUACUGUCAGAUUCUGGAGAUGGAGUGAAAAAUAAUGUUGUGUCAGAGAUGCUGCGAUACAAGGAUGGUCGGCUCUAGCCUGUCACAGGAUGGUCAGCCUGUCACAGGAUGGUCGGCUCUAGCCUGUCACAAGAUGGUCAGCUCUAGCCUGUCACAGGAUGGUCAGCUCUAGCCUGUCACAGGAUGGUCAGCUCUAACCUGUCACAGGAUGGUCAGCUCUAGCCUGUCACAGGAUGGUCAGCCUGUCACAGGAUGGUCAGCCUGUCACAGGAUGGUUAGCUCUAGCCUGUCACAGGAUGGUCAGCUCUAGCCUGUCACAGGAUGGUCAGCUCUAGCCUGUCACAGGAUGGUCAGCUCUAGCCUGUCACAGGAUGGUCAGCUCUAGCCUGUCACAGGAUGGUCAGCCUGUCACAGGAUGGUCAGCUCUAGCCUGUCACAGGAUGGUCAGCCUGUCACAGGAUGGUCAGCUCUAGCCUGUCACAGGAUGGUCAGCUCUAGCCUGUCACAGGAUGGUCAGCUCUAGCCUGUCACAGGAUGGUCAGCUCUAGCCUGUCACAGGAUGGUCAGCUCUAGCCUGUCACAGGAUGGUCAGCCUGUCACAGGAUGGUCAGCUCUAGCCUGUCACAGGAUGGUCAGCCUGUCACAGGAUGGUCAGCUCUAGCCUGUCACAGGAUGGUCAGCUCUAGCCUGUCACAGGAUGGUCAGCUCUAGCCUGUCACAGGAUGGUCAGCUCUAGCCUGUCACAGGAUGGUCAGCUCUAGCCUGUCACAGGAUGGUCAGCCUGUCACAGGAUGGUCAGCUCUAGCCUGUCACAGGAUGUUCAGCUCUAGCCUGUCACAGGAUGGUCAGCUCUAGCCUGUCACAGGAUGGUCAGCUCUAGCCUGUCACAGGAUGGUCAGCUCUAGCCUGUCACAGGAUGGUCAGCUCUAGCCUGUCACAGGAUGGUCAGCUCUAGCCUGUCACAGGAUGGUCAGCUCUAGCCUGUCACAGGAUGGUCAGCCUGUCACAGGAUGGUCAGCUCUAGCCUGUCACAGGAUGGUCAGCUCUAGCCUGUCACAGGAUGGUCAGCUCUAGCCUGUCACA